AUGGGGAAUGACUCCUCGAAACAACAGCUUCACCCCAACCCUCGAGGCGUUCAUCGACGAUUAUCGACCGAUUCUGCUCGUCGCUACAAGACCAGUCUACAAACUCCGACCGUUCAAGUGUCGGCUUCAUGUUCUGAUGGAUUUUUAAGCCCAUCAUCAGCACCAAGUGACAAUUCUAUAGCGACUACACCUUCACGACCGUCAGUAGAAGGCCAUGCCGAGAUCUCGAGGUCACGGUCUGGCUCGGCGUGCUCGGAACGCUCGAAUAGUAUCAAGAAGAAACAUCCGAUCACGUUGAAGAAUAGACAACUUAUUCAGGUGGGUCUUGGGGAACGGUGAGGGAAAGGGGAUGAUAAAGUAUGGUGCGGUAGGGUGGUACAACAGGGUAAGGUAGAUCAGGGUGUGUAAAGGGGGUAGGUUUUUAAAUAAGGUAGGCUAGGGUAGCAGGGACGCCGUUUGGGGGUGGUUCGGAGCCGAUCCGAAAAAAAAAUCAGUGGACCAAAAAAAAUUUUUUGGGUCUCCACCCCCAGAGAAAAACCGUAGCGACGUUCCUGUAGGGUAGGGCAGAGUAGGGUACGGUUGGGUAGAUUGAGGUAGGGUUGCUGAGGGUAGGUUAAGAUAUGUAUGAUGACAUGAUACAGGGCAGGGUAAGGUCAAACCUAAGCUACAGCUGCAAAAAUUCCAAAAAUUCAAGACAUUUUUCAAGCUCAAAAAUCACAAAAGUGCACGACAAUCAUUACUUACCUCCAUCACGACACCGCCAAUUAACCUUAAUCAAGCGGAUGUUUUUCCAUCUGUUUAUACCUAAAUAUAACUUAUAAACAGAUUGAAAACACACUCAUCCCUGAUGUGUUAAAAUCCGGCUGCAAAAACAAAUUUGCUCGAAAAAGUUGGGAACGAUUACGUAACGUUAUUUUAAGCACGUUAUGUUGUUUUUGUUGACACACGACCACGACUUUGCUACAGCAUUCAUUAGCUGACGCUUUUGGAUUUUGUAAACAAGGGUCGGGAGAGCAUUACAGUAAUAUCUUGAGGGACUGUAUUUUUAUAAAAUUGAAGGUUUAAAAUUUUAAAUUUGCAAAAAAAAUUAAUUUUUGUUUGUGUUUUUACAAUUUAAAAAAAAUAAAAAAAAUAUUUUUGUAAAAUUACAGGAAUUUGCAUUAUCAACCGGCUAGAGCUAGGGUCAGUACAGCAACAUAAGAAUUGAAAGUAAAGUAGAUAUAUGGUGGGACAGGAUAAUAUACAUAGAUCAAGGUGACUUAGAACUAGAAAUUAUGCUAAUGCUAAUGCUAGGGCUAACGUUAGGGCUAAGGCUAGGGCUAUUGUUAGGGCUAGGGCUAGAAAGUUAGCCUACUGUAAAAGUAUACGUCUUUACAUAUUUAAUCGUAUACGUUCUUUCAACUGACAUCACGAUGUUUAUAUCACUUGUUUUCGCAUUUAAAACUUUCAAAUUAGGAAAAGAACUUAGUUAUGCAUUAAUUGUGUUUGAAAUUUUAAGUCGACUUUAACUGUUUUGACCUCAUACUUAAUGGCAUUUUAAAUAUUUUGCAGCACUUAUACGUACUUGUUUUGGCAUGAUUAAUAUGUAAACGGCACAAGGAAAAAUUUUAAUAAUUUUCAAGAUAAAAAAAAUUUAAAGAAGCAGACCCAGUUCAGCUCUAGCUUUAAACCUAGCUUUAGCCUUAGCCCUAGCCCUAGCCCUAGCCUUAGCUUUAGCCUUAAACCUAGCUUUAGUUCUAGGUUUAUGCCUAGUCCUUAUCCUAGCUCCAGCCCUAACCCUAGCCUCAGCUUGAGGCUUAGCAAUGAACCUUAGCCUCAGCCUUAAGGCCUUAUCUUUAACUUUAGACAUAGCUAUUAUAUAAGCUUGAGUUUUAUUAUUAGGCUAGUUCUAUUUCUAGCCUUAAUACGAACCUAAAGCAUAAAAAAUUUUAGUUUUAUAAAAUUUUUAAAUUUAAAAAACAAAAUUUUUACAUUAAAAAUCUUAAAAAUUCAAUUUCAAAUUGUCAUUUCAGAGUUGCUUUCAAAAUCCGCACGAGAUCGUCGGCAAGAAGAUAAUCAAGCGAACGGCCGAGAAACGCACAGAUUUUGGUGGAUUUUACGUGAGCCUAACGUCCGAACAGAAGGAAGACCUGGAGACUGGCAUCAAAUUGUUACUCAAAAAGUCGGUGGCAAAUAUCGACUUUAUGGAUGAGGUUUGUCAUUUGAUAUAUUUGUUUUUAACGGCUAGUUGAGAGAAUUUUCAUAAAGACUAGACUAGGAAAAACAAUAAUAUAUUAUUAUUGAUCUUGAAAGUUUGUGGAAAAAUGGCAAAUGUUUAUUAUAAAAGUUGAAAAUAAUGCAGAAAAUUUGUAAAAAUAAAGAAAUUUGUACAAAUUUAAUUUUUUUUGCGUGAACAUGAAUUGGCACAAUUUCCAAUAAUUUUUGUGACAUUUCGUCUUUUUUAUUAGUCUUAUAAUGAAAUUGAAAAAAUAUUAAAAAAUGUUGUUUGAUUAAAUCGGUUUGAUGUAUGCUCCGUAUUUUACAAUUUUUUGUACUUUACAAAUUUAGUACAAUUUCCAAUAAGUUUGUGGCAUUUCGUCUAUUUUCAAAAUUGUGCAGAAAAUAUUAACAAAAAGUUAAAAGGUAGUAAACCAGUAGAGUUUAAAAGGGCAUAUAAACAUGACCAAUAAUUUUUGUGACAUUUCGUCGUUUUAUCAUUUUUUUUUAAGUUUUGAAUUAUAACUUAGGUAAAAGGUAUUAAAACUAGUAAAGAAGAAAUUUCGUUUUCGUAUUUUACAAAAUUAUAAAUAUUUUUUGGGAGUUAUAACACUUCUUUUCCCAAUACUUUUAUUGACAUUUCGUUUAUUAAAAAUUUUUUAAAGUUGUUUAAUACCAAAAAAUGAAUAAAAUUGAGCCUGAAUCUUAAGUUAAGUUAUGAAAGAAAAAAUAUUUUAUGCACCCUACGUCUUACCCUAUCCUAUUCUGCCCACCUACCUAUAAAUAAUUUUAAAAACCUAUAUCAUUAAAUGGUCUUAUUUUAGGUAGAACGCCUAGCCCAAGAGUUUGGUCUAAGGUUAGUGACAUUCCGUUCAGCGGGCUUCAAAGCCGAUUACUUUGCCGCAAUAGCUGAUUCAACUAUUACUGAAUGCACGUUUUUGGACAAUGCUGUUCAUCCAGCACAUCAGACCUUGCAGGCUUUUUCACAAUUUGUUGGGAUUGUAAGUUUUGACAACGCUUCAAGUCGUAUUUUAUCAUAUAGGUUUUUGUAUUUUUCUAUUUCGGCGACCGUGUUUUACUAUCCUGAGCCACAUCGAUAUUUUAAGCAUAACCUUUUGCGAGGUUUAGCGCUAGGCUCUGGCUAAGGCUUGUGCUUGAGCUGAGAUGAGAUGGCUUACGGCUUAGACAAGGGUUUUUCAUCUUUUCAAAAAUUUUAAAAAUUUUAAUUUUUUGGGAACGACAUUUGGCUGGGUUUUCCGCCCUUUAACUGUUUGUUUUUCGUCUUUUUUGAAGGAAUUUAAUCUGCUUCCUUGUUCUAAAAGGACACGGAUUUAUAUUAUACUUUGUGCCUUUUUGAACAAAAGGGUGAAAAUUCAAAAAGUAAAAAAAAAACAGUUCUGUAUAACGAAUUGCUCGGGGUCUUGAAAUUUGUUCGUUAUAAAUGAGUUUUAAAUGCACCGUGUGGUGGUAGAAGAGGACUUAAAAGUUGUUCGUUAUACGGAAAUUUUGUUAUAGAGGAGUUUCUUAUAAAGGAGCUCCACUGUAUAUUUAAAAUUAUAAUUCAAAAACUUUUAAAAAAUAGCUCUAUGUCUAGCCAUAGCUUUGACCCAUGCUUAACUCUAACAAUAUCUCUGCCUUGACUUAGCCUUACAGUUUACUCAAGUCCUAACUCUAACCCUAAUGGUAAACCCAGUUUUAGCUUUAGUUUUAACCCUUGCUCUAGUCUAGGCUCUAGCUUUUGGUGUUUACCUACUCUUGUAGUACCUUUGCUCUAUCCUCGUCGUACUUCGAGUCAUCUUGAGAUAGACGUAUCUUGCCUAGCCUUAGCCUUGUUGAACUCUUGUUAUACAGUUGCCUUACUCGCACUUUAUGUUUGCUCUGCUCUUUCUCGACUUUCUUCGAACCUGGUCCUAUCCCUAGCCCUAGAGUACUAUAUAUUACCCUAUCACAAGAAGAAAAAUUUCCAAAUUCCAGGUAUUCACCUCAGUCCGCAACGGCUUCUACAAUGAAAUGCGACGUCAACGUCGUGCCUCUCAUUCAUUCUCUUCGGGCCAAUCUAUAGCUCUUGAUCGGCGGCCGAAACUUUCGAUUUCUGGCCCAUCCGCUAGUCCAAGCACAAGAUCCAAAAUGCUAAAUGAAUUUUGGUCGCCACAAGUUUUGGUGAACGGGAACCAACAAUUCUUAAACACACCUCAAGAUGCCUUCUACUGA